AUGUCGACCUCCAAACUGCCCUGCAUUCCUUCACUUCGACGGCAGCAACUUCAUCUGGAAUUUGCCAGCCUGAAGCAUGCACCACCCGCGGGCGUCUACGUGAGCCUGGCAACCGGCGACCCCACGCUCUGGAAUGGUGUCAUCUUCGUCCGUUCCGGCCCCUAUGCCUCUGCCAUCCUUCGCUUCCAAAUCCGUUUCCCAGAUUCCUACCCCGACCUCCCACCACUGGUCACCUUUGCGACAGAUGUCUUUCACCCAUUGAUCGUACCCCUGACCACCUACACGUUCAGCACCAACUCGACAAGCGACAACCCGGUCAGUGCAACAGAUGAGGAACGACUACCGCCGGGAGGAUUCAGUCUUCGCCAUGGUUUUCCACACUGGUUCGGGAGAGCGCGUCGGAGCGGCUUUACGUCCCAGGCGUCAUCGCGGAAUGUAAGCGGAAAUAACGCCGGCAAUCCAACAUCAGCCACGAAGGACUCGAACCCCGAAGAAGAGAAAGAAGAUAAAAACGAGCAGCGCGUUGCGGCAGUGCCAUCAAUUGAUCAAUUCGCGCAACCAAAGAAGAUCGUGCCCGUCUUCGAGAUUCUCGAGUAUAUGCGCUCGACAUUCGACGACGAAGAUGUUCUAGACUCUUUGCCGGUCGAUGCUGCUGGAAACCCUGGCGCAUGGCACGCGUGGAAGGCGCAUCGUGGGGGCGGCACUGGGCCGGAGGAUUUGAAACGAGGAGACCCGCAGGCUCGACAGCCGGGAGAUUGGCAUUGGGAUGGGAUCUGGGCUCGACGGGUACAGCGUGAGAUUGAGACGAGCUACUCGGACCCUAUGUUGUUUGGGAAUGCCGGUCGUGGGAGUGACGAAGUGAUACGGUUCUCGCGGUUGGACGAGGAGACGCUGGAGUCCGUCAAGGAGAAGAUGGCGGCGAUGGUAGAAGGCAGUGCUUAA